AUGGCCCCCGCCCCCGCCCGAAUGGGCUUGAACCUCGUGAGUUGGCUGGUGAAGCUGACUGUUCUGCAGGUAUCUCUUCGGGGCAACGCUAUUGGCGAUUUACAUCAUCACCACCAGCAUCGGCAGAACGCCCGCCAAGACUUUUCCCCGGGAACAGCUCUCCAACUCUUCGAGCCUCGGGUAGCUCCAAUCGACGACAGCUUACUCGCAGCCUGCGCAACAGAGACAGUUCUCUUCACACUGACCCUCCUUGCCCCGCGCACUACAUCUAGUACACAUGCGGACGGGACAUAUUCCGCUUCGUCGGUCCCAAUAUUCGCCCCCAACGAGACGGUUCCGGUGACGACUCGUGUUGUUCAGACAGGAGUCGCUCAGAUCCCGGCUACACUGUCUGACAAGAGGCCUGAAACCACAGGUGUUGUUGACUCGGGGCUUGACCUGAAAGGCAAAGUCACAUCUAUUCCCAUUAUCCAGGCACCCAUUACAACACCAACAUCGCUCAUUCGAACCGUCUCCAACUCUACGACAACGUCGGUCAUUGUGGAUAAACCCAUCUCUACAGUCACCAUGCCUUCAGGAGACAUAUUCGCGGACCCCAUCGCCACGGCGGCGCCCCCUUCUCAAUUCCAGAUUCGCAAUGACCACCCGGUUGAAAAGAAGGGCGUCAACUCCACAACUCCACUGCAGACGAACAAGUUCUUUGGAAACUUCCUGGUUGGGAGUCAGAGCGCUCCAGCUUUUACUCACCCCUACUCUGUCGCUUGGGCGGCGGGCAAGGGGGCAGCAGGUAGCUGGGGUAUGGCCAUCUCCCACAUUGAAGCGAGCCAGCGAGUGUUUGGCAAAGCUAGACCUGGAUCAGGAGGAGAAGCUUCAUAUUUCAUCAACCCGAUCGGUAUCCAGUCUCUGAUUGUUAGCUCCAAAGAUCUUGGUAAAGACACAGUAAUCGCAACAGACAGCAUCACUGCUUUCUCGGCCCGGGUCCACUUGCGGCCCAAUGCGACAGCCGUGCCGGCUGUAUCUUUCCCGCUGGUUCAAGGCAUGGCCUUUAUCACCGCUCAAUUUGCGGGCGCGAUACCCGUCAUCCAGAGUGGCGUUUUCUUCCGAAACGUCACGAAGGUGACUGUUGACCCCAAACCUGGUGUUGCCAAAUUCAACUUUCAUCUGGAAGACGGCAGAACCUGGAGAAUCUAUGCCUACGCGACCAAGGGAGACCCGUUGGAGCUACAGGUCAUCAACAACGGCUAUGCGGAGGCCAAAAGCCCCUUCUACGGUAUAAUUCAGGUGGCUAAGGACCCUGGCAAUGCCGAGGCUCUGUACGAUGAAGCGGCUGGUGUUUUCCCUACAACCGUCGUGUUGUCAGGGUCAACCCAUAACAAAGCCGGUUCAUACACCUUCAAGUUCGCCAAGGACGGUCAUCAACAAGGCAAGCUUGUCAUGUAUGCUCUGCCCCAUCACGUCGAGUCCUUUGACGACAACACGCGAGCAGCAGCACUCGCAAAGUUCGCCAUCAUGCUCACGGUUAUCAACGACCUCCUCGACGACAAGAAACUUGCAGAACCGGCGCUAGGGAAACUCAAGCAGGCAUUCGCACGCUUUGCCGCCAACAAGCAAAAGUUUCCCCUGGUAUAUGAGCGAUCAUGGGGUGGUCUGGUCUCGUCUGCUUCCUAUGUCACCGGAAACAGUGGCGCAGAUUUCGGCAACACGUACUAUAAUGACCACCACUUCCAUUACGCAUACCACGUCUUGGCCGCCGCCGUCAUCGGUCAUCUGGACCCCAGCUGGAUCCCCGAAAACAAGGCGUACGUCAACGUGUUGGUUCGCGACUUUGCGAACCCGAGUGUCCACGACAUGUACUUCCCGCAAUCAAGGUCUUUCGACUGGUUCCACGGUCAUUCCUGGGCUCAGGGUCUUUUUGAGUCCUAUGACGGUAAAGACCAAGAGUCAAGCUCUGAGGACAUGAUGCAGGCAUACGCCAUCAAGAUGUGGGGUACAGUGUCGGGCGACGCCAAAAUGGCUGCCAGAGGAAACCUCAUGCUCUCCGUCCAGGCGCGUUCGCUGCAGCACUACUACCUCUAUACGAAGGACAACAAGGUCCAGCCGGCCCAGUUUAUUGGAAACAAGGUCGCGGGCAUUCUGUUCGAGAACAAGAUCGAUCACACGACCUACUUUGGCGCCAACAUUGAGUUCAUACAAGGCAUCCACAUGAUCCCUCUCCUCCCCUCGUCGCCGCUCGUCCGAACGCGUCAGUUUGUCCAGGAAGAAUGGGACGUGUACUUUAGCAACGGUCGGGCGCAGGAUAUCCAGGGCGGGUGGAAGGGCAUCAUCUUUGGCAACCUGGCCACACUCAACCCGAAGGCGGCGUGGGACUUUUUCAACUCGACCAACUUUGAUCCUAGCUGGAUCGAUGGCGGUGCGAGCUUGACAUGGUAUCUCGCCUACUCUGCCGGUAAGUUUCCCGAGCUCGACCCUGUCCCUAUGAUUCAGAAUGGCGCUCUUGCUUUCGAAGAGGAGACUGAACAGUAA